ACACCGCUCCUGGAUGCUGCGCUGGAAUAUGUGCGCAUGCGCACCACUCUGGAAUUACUGCACAGCGCACUCUAAGUUGGAUCUUCCCCGUCUUGACGGAAACCAGAAAACAUAUAAAAGUAUGACGAUCUAUAGAAUAAUAAAAAUGAGCUUUAUUCGUGUCUGGACGUUUCCCGUGUUAGUGGCCGUGGUGUGUGCGCAGAGCGUUAAUGAUCCAAGCAAUAUGUCACUUGUGAAAGAAACUGUCGAUAGACUAUUAAAAGGAUAUGACAUUCGCCUGAGGCCAGAUUUUGGAGGUCCCCCAGUUGGAGUGGGGAUGAAUAUAGACAUAGCCAGCAUAGACAUGGUCUCAGAAGUUAAUAUGAUCUUGUUAGCAGUGGCGGUUCUACAUUGA